CGCCCCGGGCGCGCUCCCGGCCCGGCCCCGCGCUGUGCGACCCCCGCUCGGCGCGGCCCCUCUGAGCGCACGGCCGCCACUUGCCCUGUGCGGGGCUCUCCCGUCUUUGCUCGGAGCGUUCCCCCCUCCCUCCCAGCGCUGCGAUCGCUCAUUCUUUUUAUAUAAUUUUUUUAAAUUUUUUUUUUUUUUUAAAUUUUAUUUUUUUUAACCCUCCCGCUCUGGGACCGCUCCGCGUUCCUCACCCCCUUCCUAAAUUGUCGGAGAGCUCCCAUUCCCCUCCUCUUCCAGCACCGCCACCACCAUCACCUCCUCCUCCUCCUCCCCUCUCCUCUCCUUUUUGGCAGCACCAGGACGUCCGGUGCGGCGGUGGCAGCGCGCAGCGAAAGCGCUCCGUGUGCUUCCCCCCCGUCGCGAGGUGCCGCGCACAGCCGGGCGGAGGGCUGAGCUCUCGGCUCGCCAUGAGCUCCCAAGGCGAGGGACACGGCCAGCCUUCCACCGCCGCCCCGGAGCAACCUGCCGCCGCCGAGCCGCAGAAGCGAGGACGAGGCAGACCCAGGAAGCAGCCCCAAGAACCAACUGGUGAACCAUCUCCUAAAAGACCAAGAGGAAGACCCAAGGGAAGCAAAAACAAGAGUCCCUCUAAAGCAGCUCAGAAGAAAGCAGAAGCCACUGGUGAAAAGCGACCCCGAGGGCGGCCCAGAAAAUGGGAAGAGACUGAAGAAACAUCCUCACAAGAAUCUGCAGAGGAAGACUAGGAGACCGCACCAUGCAAUUUCUACCUCAUCAGCAGUUGGGUCUUUUGAAGGGAGAAGACACUGCCUUGACCACUUAUUUUCUAUUGCCACGGUCUUUCCACUUUUGCCUGGGGGGGGAGGGGGGAAGAAAUUGCAUAACCUUAAAAAGGAUUUGACUAAUCAACUUCUUUAUAAUCCCUUCACAGUCCCAGGUUUAGUGAAAAACUGCUGUAACACAAUGGGGACACAGAUUUAACGAUGCAAUUUCAAAUUACUGUUUUCAAUUUUCUUAACCUACUAAUAGUUUGUUUGAGCUGCUAAGUAAGGGUGGCUGGGUCAAGAAGAACUCCGAAUCAGGUUUAAGUCAUUCACUGCACUGCAUAUAAACAAGAAACUUGUAACAUAUUAAUUAUAAUGGGCAUUGAAAUAGGAAAGGCUGGGUGUGUAACACCUAACCUUGCAACACUUCCAGCAACCCACUCCCUACUUAGUGAACUCUCUGUUUUAGAACACCAAAGAUAAGGGAUAGAUACUACUUUUGUUUUGGUUUGGGUUUUAUUUUUUGGUAACCUCCUUGUAGAUUUGUACUUGAUUUUUUUCUUUUGGUUUUGGUUUUGGUUUUUGUUUUUUGUUUUUUUUUUAGUCUUACUGAUAUUUCAGGAAAAAAAAAUAAGUUGAAAGCUGAACUCUCACUUCAUUCAGCUGGUAAUCGGAAGAAAGAGCAACAUGAAAAAGGUACUUCCGUUUUUGCAAAAGGGAAGAAAGACAAAGAUACGUUGUAUAGUUUUACAUACAAACAUAUCAGCAGAAGUAGUAAGAAACAAAAUGAGCAGCCCUCGCCUUCUGGACAGAAGGAGUUGGCUUUCCGUAGAGCCAGGUGUUUUCUGUGGAAGCAGAAAUGAUUGACACCAGUCGCUAACGCCAUUAAUGAGUAAGUCUUUAUCAAGAAAAGCGUUUUAAAUCAUGUAGAAAGGUACCUCAAAAUUAAUCGUGAGUUUAUCUGAACAAAAUAAUCCUGAUGUUUUGGUUAUUUUCAACUAAUUUCCACCCACCCUGCACCAGAUUUCAAACAGGAUGGAUCUCUCCUCAUUACUCAUCAGUCAUGAUGUAAGAACCAACACCAUGUACCUCAGUUAAGCUUGUCUAUUACUUUAAGCAAUGCAUUUUGACAUAGGAUGGUUCACUGAGCACCUCUGUGCCAGUUGCGUUUCUCCAUCUUCUCAUUCAAAGCAGCACUUUUAGCAACAGAUGCAAUAUUACCCCACUACUCAAAGCUACCUCUGAUUUUUACAGUUAACUCAACAGACUGAUAAAUACAUGCUGCUAUACACAUUCAAUGCAGGAAGUUUUUACUGGGUAGAUAAUCAUGAGUGUCUUCAUCUUCCCCUUAUUUCUACUUCAACACUUAAGUACAGUUAAGGAAGCAAUAUCUUUGUUGUGUUUCAGCAUGACUAUGUAUUUCUCUCUCUCUCUCUUUUUUUUUUUUUUUAAAUGUACUUACCCUGUUCUCUGCUAAACUUCUGUGUAAUGUACUGUUAACUUGAAUAUAUUUUUGUACUGAAUUGCUGAUAGGUUUGUAAGGAGAAUUUUCUUCAGUGACACUACAUGACAUAGAAAAAAAAUUUAGCUGUAAUGUUUAAAUAUUACUGUCCAAGUUUGUACCUCAAAUGAAUUGUUUAAGGAAAUGGACUAAUUGAUUGACAAAGACCUACCUCCAGACUUUAAAUGGAAUGAACUUCUUCCUUUCAGCAUUAGUUUUGAGACGUUUUGAAACAGUUAGGACUGCAACUAAUCCCUAAUUCAAAACUAUUUUUGUAAAAUAACUUGUGGAAAAUGAACACAUUUUAAAUUACUUUCGUAUUUAAAAAAGGGGGAAAAAAAAGAAAAAAAAACGAAAAAAGAAGAAAAAAAAAAAAAACCUUCAAAGAAACUUGAAGCUUUGUAGGUGGGAAGCAACAAGCUCAGCUUUUGCAUAAUGCAAUCACAAAUAUGUGUUUAAAAAAAGUAAUUAGUAGAUUGUAAGAAAAUACUUGACAAGUAUUUUCAUGUAUUUUACACAAAUGUGAUUUUGUAAUAUGUUUCAGCCAGAUUUAUUUUAAAUGCUUCUUCUGUAGAGUUUCUUUAUUCUCCUCCUCCUUCUCACUCUAUUUUUUCCCCUUUUCUCUCUCAUUUCGUUUUCUCUCUGUUUAAUUUCCUUUCCUCCUCUUUCUUAGUCAGUACUUUGUAACAUUUUAUUAAUAACUGGGCCAGGGGUAGUUUCUCAGGAAGGCGUCUGUUGGCACGGCUUUCAUAGCGAGCCAAGUGCAGUUAAUGAUAACUACUUACUGGCUUCUUCCAAGAGGCAGAGUCAAGAACUGCGGACCUCCUCAAAAGACUGCAGAGAGGGUUCACUGUCGGAGAUCGCUGAGAAAAAGCUCCUCGGAGUGUUAAAACUAGACACGUUAAUACGAAGUGAACAAAAAAUAACCCGAGCUAUGCAGUAGCUCUAGCAGGCCAAAUCCAGCAUCACUUGAAGUCAAUACAAGGAAUUCUGUUGACUUCGAAGGGCCUCCAGUGAAGCCUUAGCAAAUCCCUUCUGGUUGGUUUUGUUUACAUUUCUUUAAACCACAGUAUUCAUCAGAUGACCCCAAAAUAAUCGCUGGGUGUGUGUCACACUUCGACCUCCGAGAGACUGACCACUCUGAUGAACAGAGUCUUGUAUUUUCUGUAUAUUGUAGUACAAUCAAAACACAUUACUACCUCUUAGGGCCUACUAUACCUCGUUUUUUCAGACUGAAAACUUGCAUGUGGCCGGUGAGCCAGUGAGAACAUCAUAAAAUUUUUUAUAUAUAUAGUUUAUUUUUGUGGGAGAUAAAUUUUAUACGACUGUUCUUUGCUGCCAUUGGUCACUGCUAACUAAGACUGGACAUUUAACUCUUCUACCAUUUCUGCAAGAGAGGUGUGUUUGCAGGAAUAACAACAACAAAAAGUGCUUCAAGAUGUUUAACUACAGUUUACUUCUCCUUUUGAGUGUCUUCUAACUUUCUGCUUUGUUCUUCAUGUAGAGCUGCUGUCUACGAUUGUACUUCAAAUCGCUUGCUUGUUGAAAAUGUUCCUUUAAUGGAUUAUCACAGUCUGUUCAGCACAAUAAACAUCAUAGCCUCUGUGAUCCCCA